AUGGAGAGCUCUACCAAACCUCAGUUUAGAUCAAUUAGUUUGCCAUCAAAGCUAACCCCAAUUUCUACUCGAAUCAAACUUAACCUCGAUAACCUUAACACACUUAUACCUUUAUGUUCAUCGGUAAGCUAUCAAACUACUUUUGUAUGCUUGGUUGACUUGUAUCUCUCUGUCGAUGAACUUAUUAGUUCAUAUCGAAUCCAACAAGUUGAUCUUCAGUGUAACAACAAACUCCUUAUCGAAGAUGUGCUAGUUGAGUCGACUACGUUGCUGGAUUCAUGUAGUAACCUCUUGGAGUUUCUGGCUCUAAUGAAGAAAAAUGUCAGGGCCCUUCAAUCUGCGUUGCGAAGAAAAGGAAAAGCUAUAGAUGCGAGUGGUGAAGCUGAUAUCAUGGAUUACUUGUUAUACCGGAAGAAAGCAAAGAAGAAUAUUAUGCAGUACCUUCGUUCAUUAGAGAAAAUGGAAAGAGAAACUGAAGCAUGUAUGGUCUCUGGUGAAGAUGAUCAUUUGUCGAUGGUGAUUGGAGUUCUAAGACAAAUCGUAUCUGCCACCAUCUCUGUGUUUCGAGGUCUUUUCUUUUGUUUGUCAGGUAGAACAAAAGUAGAUAAGGGGUUCUCGUUGAUGUCAAGAUUGGUGCCCAUGAGUAGGCCAGCUUAUGGCAAAAUUCAAGAGAUUACUACCGACGUUGAUAUGAUAGAUGUAACACUUCGUUCUUUACAGAAAAAUAAGAGUAAAUCCAUUGAUGUGCAAAUGGUGACAGAGAGAUUACUAAACCUCGAUCAUCAGAUCGAGGGUUACGAGGUUGAGUUAGACAGCCUUUUUCGGAGACUGAUUCAAACGCGAGUUUCCCUUCUUAACAUUCUGGGAAACUAA